GUUUGAUGUCCUUCAUGCUAAUAUGACAUCACAUGACAUGCAUAAGCUAUAAGGAAGGGAGUUGUCCUUCACUCCAUGGAACAGAACUACAGGAAUGAAAGUGUAAAGCGAGAAGGACACAGGUAUCUUGCACAUCACUUGGAGCCCACACAAGUUUGCUGAGUGUCUGAGGACAGCAGAGGAGGACAAGCAAACAUGAAGGUGGAGAUGUGGAAGGUGCACGCCACGCUACAGUCGGCGCUGGAUGGCAACGUGGCGAUUUCGACACCUCCAAAUGUGGACAUUCAGCAAUUGUUGGAAAACUUGCCGCCAGACCAGCGGGAACGACUGGAGGAGUACUACUUUGAAAAGGAAAGGGCCAUACUCCUCGAACGUCAAGUUGCCGCAAAGGCCCUUCAGGAUGCCGGAAAGGCCCUUCAGGAUGCCGGAAAGGCCCUUCAGGAUGCCGGAAAGGCCCGUCAAGAUGCCGGAAAGGCGCGAGAUGAGCUUGUCCAGAACCAAUUGAAGUCCCUGAACACAAUCCAAGCCCUUCAAGUUGAGAACAGAGCUCUCAAGAGAAGAGUCGCCCGCGAUGUCGGUGAAGGGAUCGGGGCCCGCGAUGUCGGUGAAGGGAUCGUGGCCCGCGAUGUCGGUGAAGGGAUCGUGGCCCCCGAUGUCGGUGAAGGGAUCGUGGCCCCCGAUGUCGGUGAAGGGAUCGUGGCCCCCGAUGUCGGUGAAGGGAUCGUGGCCCGCGAUGUCGGCGAAGGGAUCGUGGCCCGCGAUGUCGGCGAAGGGAUCGUGGCCCGCGAUGUCGGCGAAGGGAUCGUGGCCCGCGAUGUCGGCGAAGGGAUCGUGGCCCGCGAUGUCGGCGAAGGGAUCGUGGCCCGCGAUGUCGGCGAAGGGAUCGUGGCCCGCGAUGGCGGCGAAGGGAUCGUGGCCCGCGAUGGCGGCGAAGGGAUCGUGGCCCGCGAUGUUGGCGGCGAAGGGAUCGUGGCCCGCGAUGGCGGUGAAGGGAUCGUGGCCCGUGAUGGCGGUGAAGGGAUCGUAGAGGAUCCCGGUGAUGAGGCACCGGCGGCCAAAAGGGCCAGACGAAGCCACUCCAUAUAAGGCGGUACCAUGGGCUCAGCGCUGCGGAGUGGUACCAUGUGGCACCAUGUGGUACCAUGGGUUGAGUGCUGCUGCUGUCCCACUUCAAUAAAAAAUUGAUUGACAAA